AUGAGCAAUGAUCACAGCUCUGCCUGGGGCCUGCUUUUUUUUCCACAAGGAAAUACAAUAACAUUUGAAUGGACUCACAGGUUCUGGUGGGUUUCCAUCUCCAUUCCCAGAGCUCAUGGGGCAGAGGUGAGCAGACAUGGAUGGCUCAGCAAUGCCAACAGCACCACCCAUUAAAUUCAAAGCAGACUGACCCUUCCAGACAAACACUGAAGAUGAAGAGCUGCCAGAACUCCAGAGCUCAGCACAACUGAGUCAGCAUUGAUUCCCCAUUUGGCUGAACUUCUGCAGCUCAGCAGAGGCAGGAGCACAGAACUGAGUCUCCCACAGACUCAAAUGGCAAAUCCUCCUGGUGAAUGGAAAGCAAUGUCCAGAGAUACAACAAUUGUGCUGCUUCAGUCAACUUCCACAAAGCCUGGCACAAGCAGCAAAAGCCCACUGGAGAGUUUAACUUGCAGAGUCUCCAACAAGCUGAGGAUGGAGGACUCCCCCUACCCAGCUAUCCAGCUCAGCAGCUGGAGCCUGGUGUCAAGCCCUGGAAGCAUCACAGAGGUGUGCCUGUAGGCCAAGACACUCCAGCUUCCUGGCCCAGCUCCACAACUGAGGCUCUGGCAGGUGGCACAGGUGCAGAGGAGACUGAGUUGAGGACUCUUCCACUGCCCCCCGAGCCUCGUCCACUGCAGCCCGACUGGCAUCCCCGCAGUCCUCCAAGAGCAAAUUACCCAGCCAAGAGGAGGAUGAUUUCCCCAAAGGUGUUUGAAGCCAUCAGGGAAAUAUUGGACCAAAUGGAGACAGAACAAGAGAGAGAGCAAGAGGCUGAGGAGGAGGAGGUUUUGGAAGGAAGCAGAGGUUCUCUGCCAGCCCCUGCCGAAGAAAUGGAGGUGCCUCCAGGCAGCCCCACCUCAGGUCCUGCAAGAGCAAAUGAUGCAGCUGAGGAGGAAAAGAUUUCCCACAAGGCUUUUGAAGCCCUCAGGAAACUGGUGGAUAACCUGGAGAGAGAACAGGAUAUGGCCAACGAGAGAAGUGCCAAUGGGGAUGGUGUACGUGGCACCCAAAGGCCCCCAUGUGCCGAGAAUGUGCUGAAGAGAUGCAUGAUUGCCACAGCUUCCAUUGUGGUUUCUGUGCCAGUCACCAUUCUGUUGUGCCUCCUGGUAAGGUGGAGGCAGAAGAAGAAGAAACAAAAGAAAGCAGGCGCUGCAGGAGCACAAGGCUGGCAGAGAACUCGUGGCCAGCCUGAGAGCCAGAACCAACGCAAGGCGCCGCAGCUCAGCUCUUUGCUGACACAGCCUUAGGCCUCCCCACAGCCCCUCUGCCCUCCUCCCCAUCCUCCCACAGCCUGCUCCCUGCACCCUCCCAUUCCCCCCACCCUAACAGCCCCAACCCCCUCCCCUUUCUCAGCCUCCCCUUUUCCUGUUAUUAAUAAAGAGGAUUUCUGGGACAAGCUUUGGUGGGAUACUUGGCAACGUUUGCUCAACGCUUGCACUCCAGAAUGAGGUCUCUGCAGUGCUUCAAGCCCAGCACAUGCAGCAUGGGGAAGAAGUAGCCUCAAGAUCGCAUGCCCUGGUGCUCAGGGGCCACCUCAGCCAGCCU